AUGUGGGGCCCAAAGCUACCGCGAACCAAUUCCGAAGGUGGAACAUCUAGAACUUUCUCCGUCGAUGCCCGAAGGACUCCCCACUGCUCCGCGCUCAUUCCACCACCUUUCAGAAGUUUCCAUCACCUUCCAGACUCUCCGUGUCCGGCGACCUACAUAAACUCCCUCCUCCUCCUCGCCAUUGCAUCCCCAUCAAAGCAUUCCAUAAAAUUCAACAAGCUAUCCAACGCAAGUCCAACCCGAGGAGAUCUAUGGAGCUCAAGAUCAGCGAGCGAGAAUGGCGAGAAUGGUGUUUGGCUUGGAGAACCCGAUGAUGACGGCGCUGCAGCACCUACUGGACAUCGCAGACGACGAGGCUGGUGGAGCCGGUGCAGCCGGCAGCAAGAAGCCGGGCCCGACGCACGUGCCAUGGCGGCCACCCCGACCGACGUGAAGGAGCUAUCAGGCGCGUAUGUGUUUCUGGUCGGCAUGCUAGGGCUCGGAUCCGGCGACAUCAAGGUGCAGGUGGAGGACGAGCGAGUGCUGGUGAUUAACGGUGAGCGGCGCAGGGAGGAGAAAGAGGACGCUAAAUGCAUGCGGGUGGAGCGCUGCAUGGGCAAGAUGAUGCGCAAGUUCGUGCUGCCAGAGAACACCGACAUGGAGAAGAUCUCUGUCACGUGCCGCGGCGGCAUGCUUACCAUGACCGUCGAGAAGCUGCCGCCGUCUGGGCCCAAGAAGCCCAAGACUAUCCAGGUCCAGGUCGCCUGA